AAGACAAUAGUUGUGGUGUCGUCUGCUGUCCAGCAUCAACAUGGCCGGGUGCAAGGCCACCUUCUGCCUCCUCAUUUUCGCAAUUAUUUCACGUUUUCCACUAUUUUCUUCAGCAGAUGAGGUGUUGGGGUGUGGAGGAUAUGUCAGAAGUGAUGUGGAGAUCAAUUACUCUAACGUUGGGAUUAAACUAUACACGAAACAAGGUAACUUAAAAUAUGAAACAGAAUGCGCACCCAACAAUGGUUAUUACUUCAUGCCAUUAUACGACAAGGGUCACUAUAUAUUAAAGGUCUCCCCUCCACCUGGCUGGAGUUUUGAACCCAAAGAAGUGUCUUUGAUUAUUAAUGGAGAAACUGACCCUUGCAGCCUGGGACAAGACAUAAAUUUUCACUUUAAAGGUUUUGCAGUCAUUGGCAAGGUAGUAAGUGUUGGAAACAAUGCUGGUCCAAAAGGAGUAACAGUAUCACUGUACAGAGGAAAGGAAGUUAUUCAAACCACCCAGACCACCACUGAUGGUACAUAUGUGUUUACACCAUUAUCAUCAGGAAAGUACACAGUGGUGGCUUCACAUCCCUCAUGGAGCUUCAUUAAUGACAAGGUGAUGGUAGAAGUUGCAGAUGAAAAUGGAGAUGCUGGUUCCUCCAUAGUUGUUGGGGGUUAUAUUGUGUCUGGAAGUGUUACAACUGAAGGCCAGGCAACACGAGGUGUCAGCUUUGUUCUACACUCUAAAGAUGCCAUUACAGCUCAACCAGAGUGUAGCCCAGGAAUUCCUGAAGGCUACUCAAAUACAGUUGGAAUACCAGCUGUGUGCCAUGUAAUAUCAGGCACUGGUGGUGUCUUUUCCUUUGGCUCUGUGCCACCUGGCACAUAUAUUUUGAUUCCCUACUUCCACUCACCUACAACCAAAUAUGAGGUGACACCAAGUCAACUGGAGGUAACCGUUGAACACGAUGACUUGAUUCUUCAACAAACAUUUAAGGUUGGAGGUUUCAGCAUGAAUGGUCGAAUAACCAAGAGUGAAGGUGGAGAGGCUGUGGCAGGAGCUAAGGUUGUGCUUGAUAAAACAUUCACAUCAACUACUGACGCCGAUGGAUUUUAUGCCUUUGAAAAUAUUCAGUCAGGAAAGCACAAGAUCAAAGUGAUUGCAGACAAGUAUGAAUUUGAAGAAGCAGUAGUGAAUAUCAACCCACAGCACCCAGUUGUGGAAGAUAUAUUCCCAGCACGUUAUGAAGUUUGCUUCUCUGUGACAGUAGAGAAAACAGCCUCUCACAUAGGACCAUGGACAAUUGAAAUUCACAGCAAUUCUGGAGUUGAAACAGAGCUACAAACUGAUAUGUCUGGUCAUGGCUGCAUUCACCUACCUGUUGGUACUUAUUCUACAGCUGUUAAACUGUCUUCAGCUGCUGAUAAGGCAGGCAUGAGAUUUGGACCUCUCGAACAUGUGUUCACAGUAGACUCGGAUCCAAUUGGACUGUUGACAUUUUCUCAGUUCUUAGGUGAAAUAACUGGAAAGAUAUUCUGUUUAGAAAAAUGCCCUGAUCUGAAUGUGAUUCUCCGACUCGCCCAGGGUACUGGUGCCCCUCGCAGCACUGUUGCUAUUGAUGGAAAGUUUUCUUUUACUGAAGUGGUUCCUGGCUCAUAUCAACUAAGUGUGCAGAAAGAUGAAUGGUGCUGGAAGCUCAAGACAAUACCCGUAAUUGUUAAUACACAAAAUGUUGAAGUAUCUCUUGAGCAGGUAGGUUACCAGCUGACACUUGCAUCAUCUCAUGAAACCACUUUAAGUUAUACUACCAGCACUGGAGCAUCAGGCACUGUUGUUGCUCAGAAAGGCAGCACAUUAGUGUGUAUGUCUGUGCCUGGCACUUACACCCUCACACCAGUUGGCUGUCAUAAGUUUGGAUCAGCACAAAUCCAGUGGGAUUCUUCAUCACCAAAUUUAGUGACUUUGUCAGCCACCAAACAUCAACUGACUGGUGCUGUGAGAGCUAGAGAAGCAGGACCCUUUACUGUCGCUGUGAAAUCUGGUGGCCAGAUUAGCAUUUUGGGACCACUCAAUGUAUCCUCUGAUGAUCCACACCUUUAUGUCUUUGAACACUGGAUCCGUGAAGGCGAAAGUGUGAUUCUGACUCCUGGUUCUCCAACUAAUUUGUAUCAGUAUGAGCCAGCAUCUCAUACAAUUACCAUGCCAACUGACUGUGUUCUUAAUGCAGUCAUUUUUCGUGCAGAACGGGCCCUUUUUAUUCAUGGUAGUGUGAUACCUGCAAUAGGUGGUGUGACAAUCAAUGUAGAGGGCAAUGGAAUUGUUUACACAUACACUACUGAUGCUGCAGGCAAAUAUACUGCUGGUCCUUUGGACAAUUCAAUUCAGUAUACUGUUACAGCUGAAAAGAAAGGCUAUGUGAUGAAUGCUUUAAAUGAAAAAGGUCAUUUUGAAGCUUAUAAAUUGGCAGAAGUGGUUGUGUUAGUGAAAGAUGAGAAUGGAGCUGCUUUACCAGGGGUAUUAGUGUCUAUGUCAGGAGGAAAGAGCUAUCGGCAAAAUAGCCUGACAGAGAAUGAUGGCACAAUUGGCUUUUUCUCCUUGACCCCUGGUGAUUACUUUCUCCGGCCCAUGAUGAAAGAAUACACAUUUGAUCCACCCUCCAAGAUGGUUACUGUAGAUGAAGGUGCUACAAUUAUGAUGAGCAUCAGUGGAUCACGUGUGGCAUACAGUGUAUAUGGGCAAACUGUUUCCUUGAUUGGAGAGCCAGAGUCCAAUGUGGUAGUUGAGGCUGUGGGCAAAGGCUCAGACUGUGAACAGUACCAGGAAGAGGCUGCAUCUGAUGAUCAGGGCAGCUUCAGAAUACGAGGACUUCUACCAAAAUGUCAUUAUGAACUGAGAUUGAAGACUGGAAAUGGAAUUAAUUUGCACGUCCAGCGAACCUUGCCUGCUACCCGUACAGUUCACACAGAAAAUGAAGAUGUCCAAGACAUGAGGCUCAUUGUAUUGAGAACUUUUAAUCAGAUGGAUGUUGCUGCCAAGGUAGACACUGACCAACAACACUUAUCAUCUUUGGUAGCACACUUGUAUCGAGAGGACCUACCAGACUCUCCGAUCCACACCAUCAAACUUGGUCUUCAUCCAUAUUUUAUGCUCCCUCCAAUGACUGCAGACAGACGCAUUUAUUACCUACGCUUGGAAUCUAAUUUGCCUACAUCUCAAUAUCAGUAUUCUACUCCAGAAGUUACUUUUGUUGCUGAUUCUGCAUUUAAACAUUUAAAUUUGAGUUUCAAGCCCACAUUAAGAGGUGUAGAUGCAGAGAUGAGUCAAGGGACAGUGGUUGGAUUUGCAAUUGCUAUUAUUUUAGUUACUAUAGCUUUUAACUAUGACAAAAUGGGGCCCAUGUUAGAAAAAAUUUCAGAUAUAAUAACCAAUAUUUCCACACCUAAAGCAGUGCAAAAAUCUUCAUCUGUCUCAUCGGAUAUACCUAUUAUUGAAGCAGUUAAGAAGAAAGUCAAAUCAAGGAAAGUGUAAUUAGUUCAUUAAUGUACUUCACAAUGAAUAGAAUGAAAAAAAUGGAAUUUGUUUUUAAAUGCCAGUCAAUAUUUUAUAAUUAAUGAUUAUUGAAAUUAUACAAAAAUUGAGGAUGAAUUUUUUAUUUGAUUAUUUUCAUUUAAAAGGUGUGUAUGAAUCUUAGUUUCAAAUGUACGUGUAUAAAGAAAACACUAGUAAAUAUUUUGUAUAUGCUCACUAAUUUUCUCCUACAUUACGCUUGUUUUACGAAAUACAUUUUUUAGAAUGUCUUAUCCCUUAUUAGUUUGAUGUUUUCUGACACUUUUCACUGUUUUCUCUUGAAGCAUUCCAUAAUGUUGAUGCUGAAGUGCCUUUGCUCUUCAUUGUUAUAGAGCUCUUGGCAUAUUAAAUAAUUUUUGAAACUG